AUGGCAUCAUUAGUAUCAUAUGUUGCAAAAACGACUAUUUUUGAUGAACCAAGCGUGAAAAUCAUUUCAGAUUCAUUGAAUAAUACUGUUUAUCGAUACGGACAUAAAUUCAUACUUCCUGGAAGUUGUAUGUUCAACAAUAUCAAUCAAUAUUUAUAUUACGUUAUUUUCGCCAACCAAUGUGGACAGAUGGUUAUUACAUGUUUUACAAAUUUAGGUACUGAUACAAUGUUCGCAGCAAUUACAGGUCACAUUUAUAUACAAUUUGAUAUUUUAAUGGAACGUAUGAAAAAGUUUGGUAAAAAUCAAGAUGAUGUAAACGUGAAUUCUCAAGAAUUGAGAAGAAUUGUUCAAAGACAUCAAAGUUUGAUUUUGUCAGCAGAAACUUUGGAAAAAGUUUAUAAUAAAGUUAUAUUCGUUCAAAUGUUUACCACUGUAUCAGUGCUCAGCGUUGGAGGUUAG